GCUCGGGGAGCACCCCCAGAGUGAGGGAGGAUGAGGCGCUGGCUCUGGAGGAGGUCGGUGAGGGGCAGCGCCAGGCCGAGGCGAUGCUCCUCCAGCUCCUCGGCCAGCCGCCCGCUGCCGGAGAGCUCGAGUCAGGAGCCAGCCAGUGGCCAGCGGCGCAUGAACCCCCUCAACAUCCAGAUGCUGUCCAGGACCCUUCACGAGCAGAUCUUCCGGGGGGCCCAGGUACACUACUCGGCAGCAGAGAUCCAGAAGAGCGUGAAGCACCUGCAGCGCCACGACCUGUGGGGCAAGGAGACCUCCACCCUGCCCGACGUGGAUCUGCAGCUACCCCGCAUGUAUGGGGACAACAUCGAUGAGCAUUUUCGCCUCCUGGCACAGAAGCAGAGCUUGCCCUACCUGGAGGCGGCCAAUGAGUUGCUGCAGUGUGAGCUGCCUUCCAUGCCCCCACAGUGGGCAUGGCAGCUUGGCUGGACCCGCUAUGGCCCUGAUGGGCAAGCAGAAGCUGUUGCCUUCCCUGAGGAGCGGGCGAUGGUGUUGGACGUGGAGGUGUGCAUGGCUGAUGGCCACUGCCCAACGCUGGCUGUGGCAGUCUCACCACGUGCCUGGUACUCAUGGUGCAGCAGGCGGCUGCUGGAGCAGCGAUACUCCUGGUCCAGCCACCUCACCCUGGCUGACCUCAUUCCGCUGGAGAGCCCAGCAGGUGCCAGCUGUGCCAGCAAGCAGGACUGGCUGGAGAGAGUGGUGGUGGGGCAUAAUGUGGCCUUUGACCGGGCAUUCAUCAAGGAGCAGUACCUCAUCCAGGGCUCCCAGGUGCGUUUCCUGGACACCAUGAGCAUGCACAUGGCCAUCUCGGGGCUGACAGGCUUCCAGCGGAGCCUGUGGAUGGCUGCCAAGCAAGGCAAGAGAAAGGGGCUGCAGCAGGUCAAGGAGCACAUGAAGAAAACAUGCAGCAAAACAGAGGGGCCAGCUAUCACCUCCUGGGACUGGGUGCAUGUCAGCAGCAUCAACAACCUGGCGGACGUGCAUGCCCUCUACGUGGGUGGGGAGCCACUGCAGAAGGAGGCGAGGGAACUCUUUGUGAAAGGGACCAUGGCUGACAUCAGGAAUCACUUCCAGGACCUGAUGUCAUACUGUGCUCACGACGUCCAGGCCACCCACGAGGUGUUUCAGGAGCAGCUGCCACUCUUCAUGGAGAGGUGCCCCCACCCUGUGACAUUUGCAGGGAUGUUGGAGAUGGGGGUGUCCUACCUGCCUGUCAAUGGCAACUGGAAGAGGUACCUGGAUGAUGCUCAGGGCAUCUACGAGGAGCUGCAGAAGGAGAUGAAGAAGUCUCUUAUGAACCUGGCCAACGAUGCCUGUGAGCUGCUGCAUGAGGACAGGUACAAGGAUGACCCCUGGCUCUGGGAUCUCGAGUGGGACACGCAGGAGUUUAAGCAGAAAAAGAAUCCAAGGAAGAACAAAAAGAAGAAGGAUCAGGAUGGAAAGAGCAAUGCCUCCCCAGUGGCAGCAGGCACAGAUGAGGCUGCACAGGAGUGGCAGGAAGAUCCCGGUCCUCCCACCGAGGAUGAGGACCUGAAAGCCCCUGCGAGCCAGGUCUGCCUGCAGCGUCUGAAGGAGACGGUUGUGCUGCAACCCAAGAGACUCCAGCACCUGCCAGGCCACCCGGGCUGGUACCGCAAACUGUGCCCACGCCUGGAGGAGGCAGGGUGGGUGCCAGGACCCAGCCUGAUCAGCCUGCAGAUGAGGGUGACGCCCAAGCUGAUGCGACUGGCGUGGGAUGGCUUCCCCCUGCAUUACUCAGAGAAGCAUGGUUGGGGAUAUCUGGUGCCAGGGCGCCAGGACAAUUUGCUGACAGACCCUUCAGAGGCUGGGGGCCCUUCCUGCCCGCACAGGGUGAUCGAGCAGCUGUACAGGCAGCACUGCCUGGAGAAGGGCAAGGAGCAGGCCCCGGGGCAGGAGGCUGCUGUGGAGGACCAGCUGCUGCUGCUGGCUGAUGGCAUGAUCUUGCAGGAGGUGGAGGACCUGAGCCAGGUGGAGGCGGAUGUGGAGAUGGGCAGAGUGGAUCAGAGCCUGGCACAGGAGAUGGAUGAGCUGUGUGAGCUGGUGGAGAGAAGGAGCCAGCCCCCAUACCACCACGGCAAUGGUCCCUACAACGAUGUCAACAUCCCUGGAUGCUGGUUCUUCAAGCUGCCUCACAAGGACGGGAAUGCUAACAAUGUGGGCAGCCCUUUUGCCAAGGAUUUCCUGCCCCAGAUGGAGGAUGGCACCCUGCGGGCUGCCGUGGGCCGCGUCCACGGGACCAGAGCCCUGGAGAUCAACAAAAUGAUCUCGUUUUGGAGGAACGCUCACAAGCGCAUCAGCUCCCAGAUGGUGGUGUGGCUGAAGAAGGGGGAACUGCCUCGUGUGGUCACCAGGCACCCUGACUAUAACGAGGAGGAUGAUUAUGGAGCCAUCCUGCCGCAGGUGGUGACCGCAGGCACCAUCACCCGCCGGGCGGUGGAGCCCACCUGGCUGACAGCCAGCAAUGCCCGGGCUGACCGGGUGGGCAGCGAGCUGAAAGCCAUGGUCCAGGUGCCGCCCGGCUACUCCCUGGUGGGCGCGGAUGUGGAUUCCCAGGAGCUGUGGAUAGCCGCAGUCUUGGGCGAGGCACACUUCGCUGGCAUGCAUGGCUGCACUGCCUUCGGCUGGAUGACUCUGCAGGGGAAGAAGAGCAACGGGACGGACCUGCACAGCAAGACUGCCAGCACGGUGGGCAUCAGCAGGGAGCAUGCCAAGGUGUUCAACUACGGGCGCAUCUACGGGGCCGGGCAGCCCUUCGCCGAGCGGCUGCUGCUGCAGUUCAACCACCGGCUGACCCCGCAGCAGGCGCGCCACAAGGCCCAGCAGAUGUACGCCCUCACCAAGGGCGUCCGCAGGUUUCACCUCUCUGAGGAGGGAGAGUGGCUGGUGAGGGAGCUGGACCUGACUGUGGACAGGGCAGAGAAUGGGUCGGUGUCAGCCCAGGAUGUCCAGCGGCUGCAGAGAGAAGCCACAAAAAGGUCCCGGAGGAAGAAGAAGUGGAAUGUGGUGGAGCAACGAGUGUGGGCUGAAGGCACUGAGUCUGAGAUGUUCAACAAGCUGGAGAGCAUCGCCUUGUCCCCAUUCCCCCAGACUCCAGUGCUGGGCUGCCACAUCAGCAGGGCUCUGGAACCUGCUGUGGCCAAGGGGGAGUUCCUGACCAGCAGAGUGAACUGGGUGGUGCAGAGCUCUGCUGUUGACUACCUGCACCUCAUGCUGGUGGCCAUGAAGUGGCUGUUUGAGGAGUUUGACAUCAAAGGGCGGUUCUGCAUCAGCAUCCACGACGAGGUGCGCUACCUGGUCCAGCAGCAGGACCGCUACCGGGCAGCCCUGGCCCUCCAGAUCACCAACCUCCUCACCAGGUGCAUGUUUGCCUACAAACUGGGCCUCCAGGAUCUGCCACAGUCAGUGGCUUUCUUCAGUGCAGUGGAUGUUGACCAGUGCUUAAGGAAAGAGGUCACCAUGAACUGCGUGACGCCCUCCAAUCCAUCCGGCAUGGAGAAGAAGUAUGGCAUCCCUCAAGGAGAAGCACUGGAUAUCUAUCAGCUCAUUGAAAUAACCAAAGGGUCACUGGAGAAGAAAUGAUGA